AUGGUGGGCGAUCCCAUAAACGGCAUGGCGGUGGAGUUUGGGUUGGAGGGCAAGGUGCCUGACAACAGCUGGAUGGCGCUGGGCCUGUCUGGUAACCAGUCGCAAGCGGACAUGCACAGCAGCGACAUCGCUGCAACAGGAAUCUUCUCCUCGUCCUCCACCAGCAGCAGCAGCAGCAGCAGCAGUAGCAGCGGCAGCAGCAGCAGCAGCAGCAGUGUUGCUAGUAGCAGCAGUUUUGGUAGCGGUGCUAGCGGCAGUGGUGGGAGUGGGGCGCCUGAUGCGUUUGCAACGGAUUUCUACGUCACGGCGCUGGAGGCGUGUGAGCAGAUCGCAGGAGGAUACGUGGGCGUGUGUCCGGCACCUAAAAAAUCCGCCCUCCCCCGCCCUUCUCUCUCCCCCCCAUCUCCCACCCUCCGCGCUCCUGCUACUACCCCCCAACAGGACGCGUUGCUGGGCUCCUCUCCCUCUCUGAACAACGUCAACCUCACGCUCGCUGCACGCCAAGCAGACGUCUCCUUCGUCCGCUUCCGCCGCUCCCUCGCCCUCUCCACGGAUCCCCUCUUUGACCGCCGAUUCGAUAUAAGCUUCCCCUCUGCAGUCCCCAACAACACCGACCUCUCCCGCCCGCUGCUCUUCAUUUUCGCCACGGGACCGCUUCUCCCGUCCUCCACCCCCUCGCUGCCGCAGCUCCUCCCACACGCCGCCUCUGCUGCGUUCUUUUCCGGUUCCAUUAACAUCACGUUGAAUGCUGCCAAAGCCACCAACUCCUGUGAACCGCUCUGGAAUACACCGGAGCUCAGCUAUCCGCCUCUGCCGCCCGGUUUGCUGCCCUCGCCGCCCGGCGAGCCGUCCAUGUGGGACGACGGGGCAGUGAUUUCUGGCGUAUCUCAGUGCAGCACGACGUUUGAAGGGGAAAACAGGAAAUUUGCCUCGUGUGAGGCGCUACCAGGGGGGUUCUUUUUCAUGUGGACGCUGGGGAAAGAGGAGCUGUCUGGAGCGUUUAUCUCCCAGUCUGUCUCCCCCCAAGGGUAUGCUGCUGUAGGUCUGCUGCUCCCACCGCCGACGCCACUUCUAGAGGCGCUGUUUACCCCGCCCCCUGCGCCGGCGGGGGGGAAUGGGAGCGCGGAGGGAGGGUAUGUGAAGCCGGACUCGUUAGUGGGUGCCUCGAUGCUGGUUGCAGUGAGGGCGGAGGAUGGAAGCGGGGGACUGAAGGUGGAGGAGUAUCAGAUCGUGAAGCAGGAAGCGGGUGGCAGCAGCAGCAACGCCAGUGCCACUGGGAGCACCACCACAGGUACGCUCACCAGCAGCAGCAGCAGCGGCACCAGCGGCACCAGCAGCAGCAGCAGUGACGGUAGCAGUGCUGCCGCAAUUGCACCACAGGAGCCGACAGCCAUGGUUCGAGGCGGCAACCUCUCACUCAUCUCCGCGAAAGCAGAGCUCCAAGCAGGCUCCCUCACGCUGCUAUUCACCAUCAAGCUCCCCCACAGGCAGCGAACCGGCGCAGUGCUCCUCUGGACCAAAGGCAACCAAUACUUUCCUGCCAACGACUCCCUCUCCCCAGACGGACUCAUAGCCAUGGCAAGCGCGCCGAUAGACUUCGGCAAGGAGACUGACGUGGAUCCGAACGCGGCGACGGUGACGACGGCCGGGGUGGUGUAUUCUGCACUGAGUGUGGCCGCGUGGGCGUUUAUGCUGCCGGUGGGGGCGGUUUCGGGGCGGUAUGUGCGGAAGCACAGCCGGUACUGGUUCCCGCUGCACCAGGGGUUUCAGCUGGGGGGGUACUUUCUGACGCUCGCGGCGUUCACGAUUGCCAUGUCGCUGGAGGCGCUGCAUCGGUCCGUGGGGUACUGCGUGCUGCUGGCGCUGCUAUCGACGCUCAUGGUGCUGCAGAUCUCAGCAGUAAUCAUCCGUCCGCCCGAGUCCCACCACCUGCGCGACCACUGGAGGCGAUUCCACAAGGUGGGGAUGGGGAGGAUGGGGAUGUGGGUAAGGAUGGGGAUGUGGGAAAGGAUGGGGAUGGGGGGAGGGAUUUGGAAAGAGGAGGAGUGGAGUGCGGAGGAGGGGAUGGAGAGGAGGGGAGUAAGCUGCGGGACUGGGAGAGGCGAAUGCUGGCAGGGCAUGCAGGGGCUCUACCCAUUGGUGCUGCUGGUGAAUUGA